CAAUUCCGCGUUAAUAUUUCCAUUUCUAUAUUAUUUAGUAAUGGUAGUCGGGAAACACGUAAAACCGCCUACUGCGUAUGUAGUGGCGGAAGAAUGGCGGGCGCUGUCAUGCCACAGCCUUCUCCACGUUAGCAUUGUUCUUUUUUCGAUAGCGGGGUGCAAACCCAAGCUCGCCCUUCUUCAUCCCCCACCAUCAACCUGACGACGCGCCGCCCCAAACAAUGCCAGCAAAGCCCAAGGCUGCUGCCAAAGCCAAUCAACCGGAGACAAAAGCCACAAGUCCCGCGCCAGCCGCAACCACCGUCUCAGAUCGAUCCCACCAGCGAUAUUUCGGCACAAAUCCCCUCCAACAAAAGGUAGACACCGACGGAUUCCAGUCUCUGACACCAGCAGAGAAGAAGACGUACGCCCAUACCAACCUUAUCCUCCCCGUCUUCCAGCAAAGAGUGCCGCUGUCCAACAAGACAGAGCGAGAGUUUUGGAAGCAGGUCAACAAGGAGUCUCUGCCCAUCCGACGACUGCGCGACGACUACGACUGGGGAAAAGAUAAGAGCGGUCAGGAUAUCGGCACCUACCAGCUCGGCGACCUGGAGAAACGAAGCACAAAGCAAGCUCAGCUGGCGGCGCUGAGACUACUCCACCAGCACUUUAUCACAAAGAGACAACUAGCCCAGCAAAAGGGAACUAAGCUUGCCGAAAAGGACAUUCAAGAAGAGAAGCAGCGUCGACGAGACAUGGCUGGCCUGCGAAAAGACCUCUACGGUCAAAUCUUAGGGCCGUUGGCUAGCGACCCAGAAUGGGACGACGUUAUCCCCAUCCCCAACGAUGAGCCCGAAGACGCCCUCGCCAAGAUUGCCUACCCAGAUGAUUACGCCGAGGCCAUCUCUUACCUCCGCGCAGUCAUGGCAGCCGAGGAAUACUCCCCACGCUGUCUGCGGCUCACGGAUCUCGUCAUCGAUAUGAACGCUUCUCAUUAUACAGUCUGGCUCUACCGAUUCAAGAUUAUUAAAAAUCUACAGCUGCCCGUCCCCGACGAGAUCAAGUGGCUGAACGAGGUUGCCCUAAACAACUUGAAAAACUACCAGAUUUGGCAUCACCGUCAAUUGCUGCUAGACUACUUUUAUCCCAUCCUAACCGUGGACCCUGCCAAUGCUGCUGCGGCCACUAGCGAGUUUGCCAGAACGGAGCGGGAGUUUAUUGCGACUAUGCUUGCCGAAGACAGCAAAAACUACCAUGUCUGGUCCUACCGCCUGUCAAUGGUGAAGAAGCUUAACCAGUUCAGCACGGCCGAGUUUGCCUCUACUCAGAACUUCAUUGAGGAUGAUGUCCGCAACAACUCGGCGUGGUCGCAUCGCUUUUUUCUGACCUGCUCCAACCCCGAGCACUCCACACUAGGCUCAACGCCGGCUGAGCACGACCCCAAGAUCCCAGACAGCGUCAUCGACAAGGAGAUCAAGUAUGCACAAGAAAAGAUUCCGCUGGCGCCCCAGAACCAGUCUCCCUGGAACUAUAUGCAGGCGUUGAUAACGAAAUCUGGUCGCAAGUUGAACACUUUGCAAGCCUUUACCCAGCAGUUUGUCGAUAACCUCGGAAAAGACGACGAGGCUGUUCGAAGCUCGCACGCCUUGAACUUGCUGGCGGAUAUUUAUGAAGAGGAGGGAGACAAGAGCAAUGCCACGGUCUGCCUGCAGAGCUUGGCUAAGAAAUGGGACCCCGUUCGCGAAGGAUACUGGAAGUUCAGACUAUCCGAGUUAGCAUAGAGAGUCAAUAUAAACGACAUAAGAAGCAACGUCAUCUUAUGUAUAUCUUCAUCCCACACCAACCAUCGCCCAUAACAUUUCUGUGUGUUGCAUACUACUACCCCGCCUGCCCAUCAUGUCUCUGCUUCGCAUCCUGCCAAAUCUUCACCAUCUCCGUAAAAGCACGAUGCUCCAGAUCCGUCACCGGCAACCUGUCCGCCCACGCCUUAAACCCACGCAGCCGAUACGUCACCUCCAACCGUCCCAGCGGUACAAAAUGCGGCUCCAUCGUGAAACUCGCCAAAAACGUCGUCAAAUGCAGCGCAUCCUCCUCAUUCAGCCUACUCGCCCUUGGCAUCUCCGCAUCAUUCACCAAAUCAACCACCGCAUGGCGCGGCUCCCUUACCAUCCCGUGGACAAGAUACCCAUUAAUAUGGACACACGCAUACACCUCACCCGGAAAGUCACCCAGCAUCAUCUCGCCCGUCACACGCAUCGAGUACCGCUGGAGUUCAAACGAGAGCGCACAGCGCUGACAGGUCUCCUGGAGCGGGCGGCCAAUCCGCGCCUGGAACUGUGUGGCAAUGAUGUCGUCGCCGCGCUGGUACGUUUCCUGUAGAAACUCCGCGACGAGAAUGGGGUGGUUGCAGCGCCAGUUGUUUGUGCGGCGGACCAGCGUGGACGGGCACCGCGGACAUGUUGUAAGUGUGGCCGGGCGCUCUGGUUUCGGUUCGGCGCGGGCUUGGAAGUUGCGCAGGCAGGGGCGGCAGAAGACGUGGCCGCAGGGGAAGACGUAGCGGAAGGGACAUGUGAUGAUUUCGAGAAAGAGGUUCUCGCAGGCGUCGCAGCGCUCUGUGGUGAUGCAGUGCGG